UUCAGCCGUUUGUGUUUAUUCACACUCCCUUCGUGUCCUGAGUAGGAUUAGGUUAGCAUGCUAACGGUGCUAGCUUGCUAAGCUAAGUUAAUCUAGUUAACUAGUAGACAUCAGAACCAGAAGCGGGUCAGUUCUCACAGACAAGGAGUUUGUUUUGGUGGUUGGUGUUUGAAGAGUGUGAUAUUGGAUCAUGUUGUGGAGGAUGAACCUGUAGCAGGAGCCGGUGUCUACUCUGCACAUCAGCGACUCCAAACCGGUGCUCCCUUUAUUUUCAGGAGAAACUCGGUCCUCUGUAUUCUAGAAGCCGCCAGGUGCGAGUCAUGGCGGGUCAGGACGAGGACGGCGUCCACACUAAGCGCAGUAAGACCCUGAUCGUGAGACACCUGCCUGCAGACCUGAGCCGAGAGGAGAAGGAGGACCUGCUGGUGUAUUUCGGCGCCUCGUCCGUGCGCGUGCUCUCCGAUAAAGGCCCUCUUAAACACACAGCUUUUGCUACGUUCCUGAGCGAGACUUCAGCUUCGAAGGCUCUGAGGAGACUCCAUCAGCUGAGGAUUCUGGGUCACACGCUGGUCGUGGAGUUUGCAAGAGAUCAAGAUCACGACAUUGUGUUGAAGAGUCCGAAAGUUUCCGACAGGUUCACUGAAGAGCCGGCUGAAAAGGAGAAGAAGGAGAGCCAACAGCCGAAUGUUCCUCUCAUCGAUACCGGCAUCGCUCCCAGUCUCGGGUUAAAAUUCCCAGCCAACCCGACGCUGAAAUAUUUAUACCCUCCUCCUUCGAGUGCCGUCCUGACGAACAUCUCACACACCCUGCUGAGCGUGCCCAAGUUCUACGUACAGGUCCUUCACCUGAUGAAUAAGAUGAACCUGCCGUGUCCGUUCGGCCCUGUAACCACCCCUCCUCCCGCGUACACAGUGACUCACGGCCUGUUGCCCCCGACGGUGCCCCCGCCCCCUACGUUACCACCGGAGAACCCCCCGCUGCCUGAGGGCACCAGCGACGAAGAGGAGGAGUCGGAGUAUGAGAGUGGAGAUGAUGAAGAUAAAGAGAGGAUGAUCAGACUGACGAGGCUCGUUAACCAGCCGUGCAAACGACCCCUGAGAACAAAGAUGGCCGCCCCGAGGAAGAAACCCAAACUGAAGGACCUGCUGUUUACCCCCGAACCGCACAGCGCUCCAGGUCCCGCUCUGAGGCCCUCCGAUGUGUUCGAGCAGCUGCUCCAUCUCGGACCCAAGAAGAUCGAGUUCCACAUCCCGGCUGAGAGGAGCGUGAGCGCGCAGGAGGAGGAGGAGGAAGAAGGGGAGGAGGAGACUCAGGAGGAAGCAGCAGACUCAGCGGAGCAGGAAGCAAGAGGGUCAGGAUUCGGGAAGCUGUAUCCCAGCACGCAGAGCUGUAAAGAGGAGGAGGAUGGAGAGGAAGAGGACGAAAUCCCUUCCGAGUUCAUCUCCAGGAGAGAGCUGGAGAAGGGCCGACUCUCCAGAGACGAGAUGAAGAGGAUGUCCGUGUUUAAGAACUACGAGCCUGGAGAACCGACCUGCACUCUUUACGUGAAAAAUAUCGCCAAGCAAGUGGAAAAGAAAGACCUGAAGUAUAUCUACAGCAGGUACAUCGACACCUCACUGGAGGACGAGAGGAACAGGUUUGAUAUCGUUUUAAUGAAGGGGGGAAGAAUGAAAGGUCAAGCCUUCAUCGGGUUCCCCAGUGAGAAAAGUGCAGAGAAGGCCUUGAGGGAUACGAACGGAUACGUCCUGCACGACAAGCCCCUAGUGGUUCAAUUUGCUCGAUCAGCAAAACCGAAACAGGACACGGCGGAUUCCAAGACUGGAGUCAAAAAGCACUCAGCGGCUCCCAGGUGAAGAAUCUCCUCGGCGUCCUCACGAGACCUUCAUCACUCUGAGUUGAGAAAACAGGCACCGUUACUGUUUCAUUAAUAGAACAUGAUCAGAAUAAAGUGUUUUACAUCA